UUAAGUGCUGUCGUAAUGGUGGCCAUCGCUAACAAGAUCCGUAUCAGUGGUAGGCGUUUUCAGACUGCAUAAAAUAGGCUAGUAGCCUGGCCUGUAGUGGCAUAUAGUUCGGCCAUUCAACUCAAGACGGUGGUACUAAACCAGCAAGAGGAAGAGAAUGUGUUGUCCAGACUCUCCGAAGAAGGGAUUAUUCCUCUAUUGGGUUAUUUGCUUCUUUCUUGGUGCAAAGGUUGGUGGAGCACCAGUGACGUCUGAUUUAACUUGCCACCGGUCUGCAGAUAUUGUAUUUCUGGUGGAUACAUCCACCUCCAUUUGGUCAGUGCAUUUCAACACUCACAUGAAGACUUUUCUGAAGGAGGUCAUCUCUACCUUCCACAUUGGACCAGGACCGUUGGACACCAGAGUUGGAGUCAUUUUAUUUGGGACUUAUCAUUACGUAGAGUUUGACCUCAGUAAAUAUAAGAAUGUAGCUGACACGCUGAAAGCCGUAGAACGCAUGACAUACAGACGUGGCAACACUCAGACGAACACACACGCAGCAUUGGAGUACGUUGCUGAAAACAUGUUUAAUUCUAGCCAUGGAUUCAGACCAAACUCAUUUAAAACUGUCAUAGCUAUAACAGAUGGUGUGUCUAGAUAUGGCAGGAAAACUACAGACGCAGCCAAGUUUCUCAAAAAUCAAGGUGUGACCAUAUUCGCUAUUGGUGUUGGUAACAAUACUAACAACAUCGAGCUUCGAGAAAUGGCAUCCUCCCCAAGCUACCUCUUUUUUUUCCAAGUUAAAGACUUCAAGUCGCUGACCAAUGUUGAGAAACGCUUGACAAGGCUAGAGUGCACGGAUUUCCCAACAAUCAAGCCAGAAAAUCUCCAGCAUGAUCAAGCCAAACCUUCCACGUGUCAUGGUAAAGCGGCUGAUAUCUACUUCCUUCUAGACGCCUCCACAUCGGUGGGGAGCGUCAGGUUCAGAGAUAAGGUUCUCCCUUUCGUCAGAGAUCUCGUCUCGUCCUUUCCAAUCUCUCCGCAACAUACGAGAAUUGGUCUUGUAACGUUUUCUGAUAAUGCCCACCCCAAUUUCAACCUGUCAUCGUUCGCUGACGAAAAGUCCCUUCUAGCAUCUCUUCAACCGGAGCACAUUGAAUACUUGACCGGCUCGACCAACACUGGAGAUGCCAUUAAAUUCGUAUCGAACAUCGGCUUCGGUCCGAGCCAAGCCAGGAAGGACGCCGUACAAAUUAUUAUAACUUUAACUGACGGGCUGUCACAACUGCCGGAGUACACCGCCUCUGAGGCUGCUGAGGCCAAGAAGAGAGGCAUCAUUAUGUUCGCUGUUGGGGUCGGCAUGCAAGUGGACGUCAAGGAGUUGACGGACAUCUCCAGCGAUCCUGACGAUGACUAUGUCUUCCACAUUGAGACAUUUAGCAAUCUGUCCAUGAUCACGACACAGAUAGCCAACAAGCUGUGUCAGACCAAAGCCCCUCAAACUCUUCAACAGUGUCUCAAUGUCUCCAGUAACAUUAUAUUCGCCUACGAAUAUCCAAACACGAUCUCCUCCUCUAAGUUGAUCUUAGACGAUCUUGUGUUGCGUUUCUCAGAGGAAGCCAGCCGAAUCUCCCCAAAUAUCAAAAUCGGGACACUUACUCAACCGUGUGUCCGAGACGCAGUAUCUCUCGUAGAGAUCACGAGGUUCCAGGAAGCUCUCAACGAUAUGAAAAAUGGAAACCAGGUCGGAUUUUCUAGCCUGCUGACGAAGUUAAGAGUUUCUGAGUUUCAACAAGUUCCAAGAGACAGCCGAAAGAUAGCAGUGUUGGUAGUCAGUCGAAAGAAGAAAAAUUGGGAAGAGAUCGCCGCCGAGGUCAAACUCCUAAAAUCCACGGGAGUGAAAAUAUAUUUGGUAGCCGUAGGUGAAAUUAAUCAGACCUUACUUGAAGAGUUGGCGACUGCUCCUGUUAAUAAGCAUGUGAUCAAAGUAAGCAGCUAUACUCAUUUAAAGGAUGCCAAAUUAGAUGUUCUGGAAAUAGUUUGCGGGAUCAAUAGUGGCGAAAAGAAUGAGGAAGCUAACACCAGAAAGUCAACAAUGUCUACAGCAAAAAUGACAUCGUCAUUUCAGACGACAAAAUUUAUGACACCAACAACAAGAUUGACGACAACUGAAGAAAAGUAUACACCUGAUACUACAACAUCUUUGAGAACAUCAGAAUUUCUAGAAUCAAGGACAAGUGAGAAAAACCUAGAGGAAACAACACCCACACUUGUGGAAGACGCGUCUACGACCUUGCUAGAAGACACUGUCUCUACAACUUCUAUUGAAACGCUCACAACUGUUGAAGAUAAUGCUGUUGAAACGACAAGAGAUGUUACAACGUUUGAAACAUCGGAUGAAACAUCGUUGGAAACAUCCACUUUUGUUGAAGAGAUCACAAAUGCGACUUUAGCAGACGAUACAAGUUUUGCUACAUCUGACACAACAUCAUUGGAAACAUCCACAUUUCUUGAGGACACCACAAGUGCGACUACUACAAAAGAUACAACAUUUUCAACAUCCGAAACAACAACUUCAGAAACAUCAACCUUUCUCGAGGACACCACAAUGACGAGAACGGCAGAAGUUGUAACAUCUGACACAACUUCGCUGCAAACAACCGAAUCUGUUGAUGACACAAAAAGUGCAACCGAAGCAGAGCUUACAACGUCUGCGACACCAGACACAACUUCAGAGCCGACUACGUUAUCUUCUACAGUUCAAAGUUCAAGCAUGGCAACCAGCGCUGAAACAACCACUGCUUCGACAGGUGAUGAACUUUACGUUGAACCGAACUAGCUGAUUUCAACUAGAUCUAAUCCUUGACAACAGCUCAAUCAUUUGAUGUGAACAAUGAACUUGUUCAAAUUCGAUCGAGUAAUUUCACUCUACUUCAAAGUUUCUCUUCGCCAAGGCAUGGGAAUGAAACUGAACAGUAAGUACGGUCUACACACAUGGAGCUCGUACAUCCUUCUUCUACAAGUUGUCCGUGAGAACAUUUCUCUACUCGACCACGUUAUCAAGUUUCAUAGUAACUCAGCCAGCAUUAUUUUACAUAGGGCCUUCACUUAAUAUAAUAGUCAUGUAUUUAUUGUUUGAUUCAUCUAGAAUGUAUUCAAUAAUUGUAUUCAUCUGUCACCUAUCUGUACAUAGUGUUCAGGGGAGAAAAUACGUAGGUGUCCUGACAAUGUGUCCAAUCAGUAUCUGUUUUAAUUAGGAACCACUGAUUGUUAACUCAAUUAGACAACAUCCAUUGUUAACUCAAUUAGACAGAAUUCAUUGUUAAAGCAAAAUAAUUAUUAACUGAAAUUUAAAAGCAUUCACUAUAAACUUGUGUUUGACACCAUCAGUAGAAAACAAUUUUUUUGAGAAACUUGACACAAUUCAAUUAUAGGCCUUUUCUAUUUAAGAAAAAAAAACUGCAAUCAAUGCAACAAUGUGUCUACAACUGAAAAAUCUAAAUUUGGAGAUGUUCACACUAAGCUAAACAAUGCCAAGAACACUAACUUGAACUUCCCUGUUGCUAAAUAAAUACAAGCUACAAACAUACAUUUUGAUAAUUCAUCGAUAAGAAAAAUGAAACUUGAAAAAAGUGUAUCUUAGCAGCACUUCCUUCAGCACACCGGAUACACCAUAAGCUUGUUAUUUAUAGAUUAGCCUCCAUUUAUAAUAGUCACAGUCUAGCUCACAUUCCAGCAUAUCAAAAUCAUGGAUGCAAAGUUUAUUUCUAAAGACAAAAAUACAUUUAAACAAAGUAAUUCUUAUGCACUUUUUUUUUCACGCUUUGUUAAACCUCCCCUCCCCCUAACAACUUAAAAUAAAUUAAACUUUUCUAGAUACAGUUUCUCUAAGCCUUAACCACUGUCUUCAAGUAAGAAAUAUGUGAUAAAUGAAGAGGCUGUGUGUUGUGUGAUGAAUAAGGAGGCAGUGUUAUGUGUUGAAAAAGAAGGAUGUGUGUUGUUUGAUGAAUGAAGAGGCUGUGUGUUGGGCGAUGAAUAAGGAGGCAGUGUUAUGUGUUGAAAAAGGAGGCUGUGUGUUGUUUGAUGAAUGAAGAGGCUGUGUGUUGGGCGAUGAAUAAGGAGGCAGUGUUAUGUGUUGAAAAAGGAGGCUGUGUGUUGUUUGAUGAAUGACGAGGCUGUGUGUUGUUUGAUGAAUGACGAGGCUGUGUGUUGGGCGAUGAAUAAGGAGGCAGUGUUAUGUGUUGAAAAAGGAGGCUGUGUGUUGUUUGAUGAAUGAAGAGGCUGUGUGUUGUUUGAUGAAUGAAGAGGCUGUGUGUUGGGCGAUGACAUUGUGUAAGAAUGGAUGUUUCUGUAUCAGCUCAAAGUCACUUCACUCAGCUUGUGCAUGUCUCUGUGACCACUAUAGAUGUACACAUAUUUGUAUAAAACUGUAUAAAGUAUUUGAAUGUAUAAUCUAACUUAACUUAUAUAUGCAACAUGCUUUUAAAAAUAUGGUUAUUGAUUUUUUUUUUCUAGUGUAAUUUAUUAAAAAUUUUAUAUUUAGAAAACUA